UCACAAGCUCCGGGGGAAGCAAAGGUUUCCCGAAAGUCAGCUGCGGCGGCCCCGGCGGACAGGACUGGCUCAGACCGCUCGCCAUUUUUCAACUUAUCCUUUGGGGAAUAAAAACCUUUAUUUAUCACUCAUAAGGCUUUUCAAUCUAACACAGAGGACAGCUCUCCAUGAUGAUGGAAAUGGAGGUUAUUCAUUCAAGUCAACAGGACAUGGACUUGAUUGACAUUCUGUGGAAUCAGGACAUUGAUCUUGGUGCCAGGCGGGAGGUGUUUGACAUCAACCACCGUCAGAAGGAGCAUGAGCUGCGGAAGCAGCUGCAGCUGGAGGAGGAGAAGAGGCUGCACUUGAUGCGGGAGCAAGAGAAGGCCCUGCUGGCGCAGCUGCAGUUGGACGAGGAAACAGGAGAGUACAUUCCCCGCCCGCCACCAAACGCCCCUGUGGAGCCGGCUGUCACACCUCUGGAGGUUACUCAGAAUGUGGGCUUCACUCAGGAGACAGGUGGCAGCAUGUCAUUUGAUGAGUGUUUGCAGCUGCUGGCAGAGACGUUUCCUGUAGAGCAAAAUCAGAGCCCCUCGGUUUGUCUGGACACGCCUCCUGUUUCAGUACCUGCCAGCAGCAACAUGAUGUCCCCCGAGCCGACGGCUCUGUCACCAGCUGCCCUCUCCUCAGGUCAGCUGACUCCGCCACAGAGGGUGUCUCCAGAUCUAGAGGAGGCCUGGAUGGAGCUUUUAUCCCUCCCUGAGCUGCAGCAAUGUCUGAACAUGCAAAUGGAAGACACGCUGCAGACCACUACAUACCCUCUGCCAACCAGCGCUGAAACACAGACUCCAAGCUACCCCGACUAUCCCCCUGUCCAAACUCCUAUUUUUAACCCCCUGACCAGCAUCAGUGAUGCCAAAACAAACAGUCUGAAUGUUGGCCCGGCAGAGUUUAUGAAUACAUUUGAUGGCUCCGUUCCCAGCAUGCCUUUGUUGGAUGCUUUCAGACAAAUAAAGGUGGACGCCCCCCAGCUGGAUACAAGCUUCAGUGGAGAAGAUUUUGGUGGAGUGUUUUAUCCUCCAACUGAGCAAGAGGAGUGCAGCAGUCAGCCAGGCCAAGAAGAAAGUAAAAGAAUGUGUGACUCUCCAAACAAAGUUGCCUUUGCGCACAUGGACCUUUACAGCCUUUCCCCUGGAGAUUCAGUCAACAGAAGCAAACAGAGCCUGACAGCAGAACACCUAGACUCAGAUUCGGGAUUCUCGACUAACGGAAGUCCAAAUGACAGGUCUGUGUACGGAAGCGGGUCGUUUGGUUGUAGUGAUUCAGAGAUGGACGAAAUGGAUCAGAACCCGGGCAGUGCAGAGUCUGACUACUCUGAGAUGUUUUCGUUGAAUUUUGAACCUGAACACUUUAUGGCGUCCAAUUCGGUCACGGAGCUAAGCAGACCGCCGCAGCAGCCAGAAAAGAAACCUAAACAGCGCGAGGGGGACCCGGCGGAGGAAAGCGGCAAUGAGGGCACUCCUUUCACCAAAGACAAAGCCAAAAAACGCUCUGAUGUGCGUCUCACUCGAGACGAGCAGAGGGCCAAGACCCUCAACAUCCCCUUCACUGUCGACAUGAUUAUCAACCUGCCAGUGGAUGACUUCAAUGAGCUGAUGUCCAAACACCAACUGAACGAAGCUCAGCUGGCCCUGGUCCGCGACAUCCGCCGCCGUGGCAAGAACAAGGUGGCGGCGCAGAACUGCCGCAAGCGCAAGAUGGAGAACAUCGUAGGCUUGGAGGGUGAACUGGACUCGCUAAAGGAGGAGCGAGACCGCCUGCUGAAUGAUAAGACCAAGAACAUGAAGAACCUGAAGGAGAUGAAGAAACAGCUGAACAGCUUGUACCUGGAGGUCUUCAGCAUGCUGAGAGAUGAGCACGGAAAUUCCUACUCUUCGUCAGACUACUCCCUGCAGCAGUCCACAGAUGGCAGCGUCUUCCUCGUCCCUCGCAUAAAAAAGACUUUUAAGAGCAAAGAAAACCACCCGUCUCCUUUGUAACCCGGUACUGCGUCAUAAUAGGAUACUAUGCAAUAACUUUGUAUUCACUCAGCUUUAAACUUUAGCAGCUUGACAGAACUGUUGUAGUUUCUGCUUACUCCUCUUGAAUGUUGCGAUGUUUUUUGAUAUUUUACUUUUAUACUCUUAUAUCCUUACAGAUUCUUUCACCAAUAUUUUGUAAAUACAAACAUUACUUGCUUUUCAGAUUAAGAAUGUUACUGUACCUGUGUAUGUAUAUAUAUAUAUUUGUGUGUAUGUAUAUAAAUAUAAAUAUAUUUCUGUAUACUCAUGAUUAAUGAAUUAUUUCUUUUAUAACUUACCUCUUGAUUGAAGCCCAGUUUUU